GCUCGACGGUUGCUGUCGCGUUUUGCCGCGGACUUUUUGCGCUGCCGUUAUUUUUUCGUUGUUGAGCGCAGCGCAAUCAGUGCAGUGCAAUUUAUUGUGUAAUAUAUGAAUUGCUAAUUAUAUAGCAUAGAGUGCAAGGUUCAAUAACCCAGCCAGUGAUUGCAUGCAGCCAACUUUAACAAUUUCCGUUCCACAUUCGAGUUGACCUCGCCGCAAUUUUAUGUCUUUUAGCCAACGCGAACCCCGAAAAUUCUGCCACACGCACAUUGUUACACACGCACACCAAUGCAAAUGUCAUGAAUGAAAGUAAACAAGUUGGACGGGAAAUUAGCGCAAGUAUAAAGCAAAAUGCUAAAUUUAGCUAAUGCCGGUGGUGAUGCUGCUGCCAAUGGUGAUGGUCUGGAAACACCUCCGCAGCAGCCACAGCACAGCGAUGAAUCCGCUCAAUUGCUUGACGAACAAAAUUCGAAAUUCGCCGCAACAGCUGCUAAGCAGGAGCUGGAACCACCCUACACCGCCCCGCUGGCUCCCUAUGACAUGGAGCUGGUGAAGAAGGUCAAGCUAAAGGGCAAGCUGGUGGCCAGCGAUAGCAUUUGGUCAGAAGAACCCAAGAGCAGCAGCAGCAACAAUAAGAGAAACAGGAGACCGGAUGCGGAUGCAUCGUCGAGUUUUAUGCAUCACGAGCGUGGCGAAGAUGUCGCCAAGACAUCGAGUGAAUCACUCGAUUUACACGAGAAACGCUCUAGGUUUGCUGAGAGUAGCGCAUCGACCUUGCCACUGCCAGAGAUUGAUGGCCCAACGUUGCCCAACGGCAAGUCCAAUCAUUCGACACCUUUACUGCCAAUGACUGACGCCGGCUACGAUGAGCGCGAAUGCAGCUGUCCACUUGACUUCUAUCAGAGGCCUGAGCUCAACACCUCGUUGUUCUUUGCGGACUGUUCGCGUUCCAUUGACUUUGUGCUUGCCUAUAAGAUCAAUUUACAUGAGCCCACCGAGGCGGAAAAUGCGGAGAAGCGUCGUGUUUUCCAAGAGAAUCUAAUACAUCAAGGACUCGAGGUGGAGUUCAGCGAAAAGGAGCAAAUCUACUUUGUCAAGAUACAUGCUCCGCUUGAGGUGCUGCGUCGCUAUGCUGAGAUACUUAAGCUGCGAAUGCCCAUGAAGGAGUCCCUUUGUAAUUUGCGCGUUCAUGCGAGAUCAAAUCGUCUACACAAUGCGGCGCAUUAUUUAUCCAAGAAGGUCUGCCAAAGAGUCCAGAUACCCGGUUUAGCUGUGGUCAAUCGCUCCACGAAAAGUGUUUUUUCUAGUCUCAAAUCCGGCUGCCAAUCCUUUUUGAGUAAUAUCUAUGUAGAUAACAAUAUCUUCCCAAAGCGUGCGCAUCGUUUCACCGCCAUCUACAGUCGCGACAAAGAGUAUCUCUUUGAUAUACGUCAGGACUGCUUCUUUACGACGGCGGUGCGUUCGCGUAUAGUGGAAUUCAUUUUGGAUCGCCAGCGUUUUCCUGCCAAGCGUCACAAUGAAAUGGCCUUUGGCAUCGAGCGUCUGGUGGCCGAGGGCGUCUAUUGCGCCGCCUAUCCGCUGCAUGAUGGCGAAAUUACGGAGGUGGGCACAAUGCGUGAACUGCUCUAUACGAACUGGGCAUCGGUUAAGAAAUGGUAUCGCUAUCAACCAUUGGACGAUAUUAAGGAGUAUUUUGGUGUCAAAAUUGGUCUUUACUUCGCCUGGCUGGGAUACUAUACGUAUAUGCUGCUGCUUGCCUCCAUAGUGGGUCUCAUUUGCUUCAUCUAUUCCUGGAUCUCACUCAAAAACUAUGUGCCUAUCAAAGAUAUCUGCGAUCGCUCAAAUGAUAACAUCACAAUGUGUCCUCUCUGCGACUGGUGUGAAUUCUGGAAACUACGAGAGACUUGCACUUAUGCCAAAAUCACGUAUCUUAUUGACAAUCCUAGCACAAUCUUCUUUGCCGUCUUUAUGUCUUUUUGGGCCACGCUUUUUUUGGAGCUAUGGAAACGCUAUUCAGCCGAGAUAACGCAUCGCUGGGAUUUGACGGGCUUCGAUGUGCAUGAGGAGCAUCCACGGCCACAGUAUUUGGCACGCCUCGAGCACAUUGAGCCUACACGCACCGACUAUGUGACCAACAUCAAGGAGCCAACGGUGCCAUUUUGGCGCAUGAAGUUGCCAGCGACAGUUUUCAGCUUUUCCGUUGUGCUGUUGCUAAUCGCUUUGGCCUUUGCGGCACUUGUUGGUGUCGUGGCGCAUCGCAUGUCCGUGCUGGCAGCUCUCAAAGUGAACGGCAGCAACAUGACUACAUCAAAUGCGAUUGUUAUUGCCUCGGCAUCAGCUGCUUUUGUCAAUCUGUGCGUGCUCUACGUGCUGAACUAUCUGUAUAAUCAUCUGGCUGAAUAUCUCACGGAGCUGGAAAUGUGGCGCACUCAAACGCAAUUUGAUGAUUCAUUGACGCUUAAGAUUUAUUUGCUACAGUUUGUGAAUUAUUACGCUUCCAUAUUUUAUAUCGCGUUCUUCAAAGGCAAAUUCGUUGGCCAUCCGGGCAAAUAUAAUACGUUAUUUGAGCAUCGCCAAGAGGAGUGCUCGUCUGGUGGCUGUUUGACUGAGCUGUGCAUACAACUGGGUAUCAUAAUGAUCGGCAAACAGGCUUUUAAUACCAUUUUGGAGGUUUACUUGCCCAUGUUUUGGCGCAAGGUGCUCGCCAUUCAAGUUGGCCUCUCACGACUCUUUAGCAAUACAGUAAAGCCUGACAAAACUAAGGAUGAGCGCUGGAUGCGUGACUUCAAGCUACUCGAUUGGGGUGCUCGCAGUUUGUUCCCCGAGUAUCUGGAGAUGGUGCUGCAAUAUGGAUUUGUUACCAUAUUUGUGGCUGCCUUUCCGCUGGCUCCCUUCUUUGCGCUACUUAAUAACAUACUGGAAAUGCGGCUGGAUGCCAAGAAGCUGCUGACACACCACAAGCGACCCGUCUCGCAGCGUGUUAGAGAUAUUGGUGUUUGGUAUCGCAUACUCGAUAGCAUUGGAAAGCUAAGUGUGAUAACGAAUGGUUUUAUUAUCGCUUUCACCUCGGACUUGAUACCGCGUUUCGUUUACCGCGGCUUGUAUUCUAAAGAUGGCACUUUAAAUGGUUACUUGAACUUUACCCUGUCCAAGUAUCAAAUCGAGCCUUCCAACAACUCGAGCAUAACUUCGUGCAUGUAUUCGGACUAUCGAGAACCUCCAGGAUCCAAAAACCAAUAUGAAUUGUCGAGCACGUUUUACAUUAUUCUCGCCUGUCGCUUGGGAUUUGUGGUAGUCUUCGAAAACUUUGUGGCCCUUGUGAUGAUACUGGUGCGUUGGUGUAUUCCGGACAUGAGCGUGGAGCUACGUGAUCAAAUUAGACGAGAAGUCUAUAUAACCAACGAGAUAAUCAUUGACCAAGAAGCGCAACGUGCGCGAUUUGAGCGUGCUAAGCGCAGCUAUUCAAUGCGCGAUCCCAGUGAAAAUGAGGUGGAUGCCGCCUCUGUGGAUGAGCCAAACGCCAAGUUCUUAAAGAUUGAGCGACUUAUGAAUCCCAAUCUGUCGGAAAUUGAAAUGGACUCAAUAAUACAUGGAGAGAACAAGACCACAGGCAUUUCGGGUGCAGACUGUUAGAAAUACUAUUCAGUGAUCCCAUAAACAAAUGAAUACCAUCUAGUUGAAUAUGUUUAGCUUUAGUUUAUUGUGUUAUGUCAGUUCCUUUCACACACUUAAUUAGUUUCAUAUCUAAAGAAUAUGUGCAAUUGUUUGCCAUAUGGUUUUAAGCUUUACUCACUCAACAAAAUGCCUCAUUUUGUUAUAAACAUAUUUGAAUAUCAAACAAUGUGCAAAAUGCCUCAAACUAAAUAUAAAUAGAGCGCAAUUAUUUAUAGCCCACUUUGUGCCAAAAAUAAUAAACGCGCACAAAAUGUAAUUAUACCAAUUAUUUAAUGUUUUACAACAAGCAAACAAACCUAUUAAGAAUUGAAUUCAUUGUGUUAUUAUUAUUAAUUCAUACUAUCCUUUUAUUGCAAUGUACUUAUUGCAUAGAAAAUGUGUUAAGUUUUAAAUCUCAUACACUAUUUAUAAUGAAACUCAGGCUCUCUUAAAGCACCCAUUGAAUCCGCAACUAAAUGUGAAUCUAUUUUAGAUAAAGUUAUAAAUCGUCGUUAUACAUAAAUAUUUAUAAAGAGAAAUAUUCUCAUAUAUGGAUAAGUAAAUUAUCUGGGCAAUGAAUGUGUAUUUAUUGAAUUGAUUGUAGAGAUAUGAAUAAUGUAUAUUGAAAUGAAUCUUCUAUUUACAUAAAGUAAAAUUGUAUCAAA